UCACAAUCAAAAAAGGGUCGCAAAGAUUCACUUGGAGGAUAUCGUCUUGUCUUGUCUCGUCUUGAAAGAAGGACAUAUUUCUCUAGGUACCCGGGCCCAUUUCGUCAAUCUUUUCUGUUGUGCGUCACACUCUUUUUUUUUCCUUCUUCUCUUUUGCUCUAUAUCUCUACGCUCUUUUCGUCACUCUCUACUCAAGCCCACGAUACCCAAGAAAACCCGGAGUCGUUAUUCUCCCCGUAUUUCUCUCGUCGAAAUCCCCGUCACGAGUCCAUUCUUUAUCUACCGAUUUCCUCCGAUAAAAACCGCAGCCAUGUUCAAGCGCUCGUUCAGGUCGCAAGACCCCGGCCGUGUCGACAAGUCUGCGAGACAUAAGAGAUCGGGCUCCCACCGGGACCAAACGAAAAUGUCGAAGCUGCAAAGGUCGCUCAAUGAGCAGGACUCAAUUCCACAAAAGUCCGCGCCUAUCCCCCCACCCGCGCCCGCGCCUGCUCCCUCGCCCAUCGUCACCUUGACGGUCGGUCGAGAUGGUCGGCUCUUUGCAGCACAUGAGGAAGUGCUCCGCCAGUCGCCCUUCUUUGAGGCGGCCUGUCGCGGAAACAACUUCGAGAAACAGAGCAAAAGAAUCUCCCUUCCCGACGAAGAACCCGAGGUGUUCUCGGCUGUCCUCGAAUAUCUCUACAAGGGUGACUACUAUCCACGUCUGCUUCACAACAAGCAGCGCAACUCUUGGGAACUAGAGGACCAAGCCCGUACACCUCACACAUCACCCAACCCCGAAACCGGAGGUGGCCGCGCAGACAACCCGUCUGAAGCCACUAUCUAUCUGUCGAGUCUCGACAUGGCCAUUCUCCGUGACACAGUCGUAUACUGCGCCGCGGACCGAUACGGCCUCGAGGAGCUCAAGCGACUGGCCCUGCGCAAGCAGGGACUGCAAUCAGGCAUUGAUGUCGGGACCAUUAUUCGGUCAGCUCAGUACGCCUACGCCCACACCCCCGACUCAGACAGCCGUCUGCGCGCUCACUACCUCGCCCUGAUCAUCCGCUGUCGCAAGACCUUUAAGCGCAGCGGGACUAUGCAGGCCGAGAUGGAGGCGGGCGGCAGCAAGCUAUUUUUCGACCUGUUUGUGGCUAUGUGCAAUCACCUCGACGACGUCAUUGACGUGAGCAACGCUCGCACACCAAAGACUGUCUAAGGCGAUUCAAGCCAAGCUCAACACACAUAUAUAACCCAACGAGCAGGCCUCCAGAUGCCUCGUGUGUUUGAUCAUAGCUGGAGGACAUGUACUAAAAGGAAUACCGCCAAAGCCGCGAAAAAGAACGAAAACCACAAAAAAAAGUGAUGCUUACAGGAACAGUUGGAAUUCGGCGUUGCUUGUCAUGCUCCAUCAUCAGAUUGACGUCCUAAGGAGCUUUGUUUAAUUACAUGACUCCCCUUCUGCGAGGUUGGCCGACCGAGUUUUGAUGAUACACGAGCUGAGAGGGUAUAAUCCGACGCCUACGAAGUUCUUCACAUCCUCUGCUCAUUUAUUGUGCGUUCUAUUUGACCGCGAGUUUCCUGUUAUUUGUCUUGUCAUUUUACAACUCUGCUUUGAUAUCCACAUACCCAACGACACUGGGACAUUUCCUUUCCUCUACACUCUACUUUGGCGUUUUUGUCAUGAUCUAAAAAGACCAGGUUGUCUUUGGUUCAACACCAUAGUUUUGGAAGGAGAGAUUUGAGAAGAAUUGGAAUGCUUGACUGCUUUUCCACACCCGCGAGCAAAUGCCCCCGAAAUUGGCAACGAGCUUGCAUUUGUACCAUCUUGGAAUUUUUCUUUUCACGGAAAAAAGAAGAAAAAAAAGGAUCUCGUCUGGUUUUGUUGGCUGUUUUUUUGGCUUCACGUUUUUGAAAGGUGUUUUCUUAGUUGAACAAUGCUUAGAACGCGAAACGGAUACAAAAACAUCUCCUACUCUGGAUUUUGCAUUACGAAGGGGGCCUCGGGAACGGAAGGCUUUAAUAACCUACCUUAGCUUGAUCACACACUGUGUGUGUCCUCGCCUUGACUAGUACUGAGAGUCACCCCUUUUUGCUUUUGGUUCGCAUCUUGAGACUGAUACCUCGAACCUUGUCCUCUUUUUUGAGCUGCUUUCCAUGCUUUUUUUUGUUUGCUGGAGGAGAUGGGAAUUUUUGGAGAUCCUUCCUGCAUGGUUUAUUGGGAGCGGCGAGACGCCGAUGAGAAUGAAGUUACGAUCUUGAUGAUUAUUAACAACUUGGGAUCGUUGAACGGUCCUCCCUGGCGCUUUGCACCGUCAGGGUCGAGGUAAUGAGAAAUUCGGCCACCUCAC